GAACAAAUAAAGGGUCUACUGGAAGUAGAACAACUAGUUCUAGAAGUAGUAGGACCGGAGGUUCGAUGAGGAUGAACAUUGAGACUUUAUUUGCCGAACUCCUUCAACGACAAGGGCAUCAAAAUAUUACGCUGAAAAGCGAUUUCCUCAUCCUCAAAGAAGAACCUCAUCAACAAGCCCAACAUCAUCAACUACAAACUACUCACAGUACUCGCGAAGCAAAAACGACCUACUGGCCCGAUGGAUACUCUAAAUCUCUUCAGCUGGCUGCCACUAUAUUCUUUCCUAACGUUCUUCUUGGUGGUGUGGACAAGGACAGAAGCUCUCUCGUUGUAGCAGGUCAACGCGAAGAACUGUCAGAAGAUCUUCUAUCUCCCUUUCGUCCUGAAUCACGGGACGACAUGGAACUCGACGUCGCAGCUGAUUUCACGUCUGCGCAACAGCAAAGGGCCAUGAUGCGGGAAGCACUGUCCAGAACAUCAUCAAGCACUACUAGGUCUUCUUCGCCAAGCACUACCACUAGUUCUCUGUCAGGGACAUCAAUUAUCAAGCAUGUCCCUGUAAUUGCCUUCGCUGAAUUCGG